UGAACAAGGAAGCUUGUUUCCUCAACCACUGCUAUACACUUUCCUCAAACUCUCUUUUGCUCUCUCUCUCUCAUGGCUUCUUCUUCUCUUCCUCCUUCUCCUGGUGCUCAUAUUAAAAGAUACGAUGUCUUUCCAAGCUUCAACGGGCCAGAUGUUCGUAAAAGGUUUCUCAGUCAUUUACACCAUUACUUUGCAUGCAAGGGAAUCAAAAUGUACAAGGAUAAUAAUAACAUGGAGAGAUGCCAUACGAUCAAACGUGAACUCAGACAAGCGAUUAAAGAAUCGAGGGUCUUGAUGGUUUUGCUCUCCAAGAACUAUGCUUCUUCGAGCUGGUGUUUGGACGAACUGGUGGAAAUCUUGAAGUGCAGAAAAGACAAGGAGCAUAUUGUGAUGCCGAUUUUCUACGACGUUGAUCCGUCCCAUGUACGGACACAGAGCGGGGACUUUGGGAUCGCUUUUGAGAAACCUGCGAAAACCCAAACAGAGGAAUUGAAACAGAGAUGGGUCGAAGCUUUGAAACGUGUCACGACCAUAGCUGGAGAACACUCUCGUAACUGGACUGAUGAAGCUGAGAUGGUGCAAAAGCUUUGCACAGAUGUCUCGACCAAACUGAGAGUGGAAGAGAUUAAGGAUGAAUUUAGGAAAUACGAUGUAGACAAGAAUGGUUUCAUAACUGCAGCAGAGCUUCCACGAUGUGUGUUGAUAAAAGAUGGGGAGGAAUCUACCGAUAAGCAAGUUCGUAGUAUCAUCCGAGUUGUUGAUGUUGAUGGCGAUGGUCAGAUCAACUUUGAUGAAUUUGUCCAACUCAUGGCUCUUAGGAUGAGUGAUGAAAAGCUUUACACGGACCAAGUAAGAGUGGAAAUGAUGAAGGAAGACUUUAGGGAAUGCGAUGUAGACAAGAAUGGUUUCAUAACUCCACCAGAGCUUCGUUAUGUGCUGACAAAAGACGGCGAGGAGUUUACCGAUAAGCAAGUUCGUAAGAUCAUUCGAGUAGCUGAUGUUGAUGGUGAUGGUCAGCUCAACUAUGAUGAAUUCUUCAAAGUCAUGAUGCAUGUAAAGUGGAGGCCUGAUGAUAGAACUGCGAGGAUCGAAAAGAUUACCACAUAUGUCUCGAACAAAUUGAAUAAAUUCAGUCAUAUGCAUGGUAAAAGCCUUAUCCUGAAGAAGAAGAUAAAAACGAUUUAUGAAUGUCUUACAGAGUGAAUUUUCAUCAUGAUUUGAUCCUGGUUGUCUUCUUUAGGACAUGUUUUUUACAUCUUACCACCUUCGAUUUGGUUGCUUUCUUAAGCUCUUUAAUUAGUGUUAUGUCAAGUAUGAACUCAUGUUUUGCUCAUCCUGUGAAAAUUGAUUUUAUCUCUUUGUUUUAUUUGUUUCUAUAUUAAUUUCUCUUGUUUUUGUUUUCAAAAUAAUGUUCUACAAAUUGGCCGCCAAGACGUCUAUAUUUCUCUUGUUUUGCAAUAUUUGAUAGGGAAGUGAAUCUGUCAUAGGUAUAUAUAUUAUUUUGAUAUGUCCAAGAUCGGCAAGCUUUCUAUAAGUAAAGUGAGCCUUUGAAAAA